AUGCCAGUCCAAGGACUCCCGUGCUGAAUCAUUGUUGUCCUUAAUAUUCAUAGCAAGGCCGUCCAUAUGAACCGCGGAGCGAGCCGAGAACGUUAUUGAUCCGCAUAGGGUCGGAUUACUUAUACCCCGACUUUUGUCCAGGAUGUUUUCCUGUGUCCCGUCUCCCCUUUCCCGUCUUCAGCGAACACCCACACUCGCGUCACUCCUCAUUGCUACACCCGAAAGAGCGAAGUUUUGCUCGCCAAAAUGCUUUCCGUUUUGUUUCAAUUCCUCCUCUUGACUUCUCUACCGCCGAGUCUCACCAAAGUUCUUCAUCCCCGCCAGAAUCCCAACCCCGGUCCGUGCAAAAUCGACGAUUGCUACGACGUUAUCGAGUCGUCCGCCUGCUGGAAUUCGGUCAUCAACAACUGGCCGGGGAGGAACGAUACGGAUCCCAAGGAGAUAUUUCAGUGUACACCUGGCGGGCAGACGACGAUGUGUCAGUGUUAUGGGUGUGAUUCGAUUUUGGAUCAGUUUGUGGUUAAUAAUCGUUUGUGCAAUGGGACGAUUGCUACGAGAUAUAGGUAGGGUAGACAGGAAAGGGGAGUCGUGGUUGAUGGCGGACAU